AUGGCAUCAGGACUUCCUACACACGAGCUACUUCUCAUCUCGCCAAAAACGAGUCCGAUAGAUUCCUCGCCUCGUAAACGGAGGACGACCCCGUCUCCCGAGUCCAUCCUGCCCAAAAAUGUUGUGUUGUUCUCUCUCCAAAAUUCCCAUCUACAGCCCCUGGUAGCUCCGCCCGGGUAUGAUUUUCAAGUCAUUGAUUUCAAACCUCCCCCAUCCUCUUCAACCAAUCUUCACCGGCAUCCCUCACUACAUAGUCAUCCCGAUCCUGCAGCAGAACCGUGUUUACCUUCCUCGCGUGAAAUCAUUUUUCCUUUCGACCUGCGCCAAUCUCCGUGGAUGUUUUCCGAAUCUCAUAUCCUCAAGCUUCUGAUAGAUCUUUUUCCAACUACACAGGCGGUUGAGUUUGAUGACAGGAUUCUGAUCUUUCGCGUCGAAGUACUGCCACCGAAGCCCUGGCCAAAGCGAAUUGCAGGUGUUCCGUGUUAUCUGACGGACAAUCCGAACGAUAAGGGCCCAGCCAUUCCCUUCCGCUAUCGAAGUCGUUCGAAAAUCCAAAUCUCACAGGACCUUGAUCUUCGAAAUAAGAAUGACUCACUGAACCUCAUAUCCGAUCUAGUACGCCAGUUCUUUGAACAAGCUCGAAUCCCAAUCACUGAGAUUCAGGUGUGGGGCCAUAUCGUCGUCAUUGUUCUCGAAGAUCGAAUUGACCACGAUGAAAAUGCUAUGGAUAAAAUUUUGCGGUCUGUUCCCCGUUCUGUUGCCCGUUGCACCUGCUUGUACCUUUCAGAGCAUCACAUGGAUCGCCCCCGCACGCUGCCUGCUCAACGACUUCAAACCGCCUCUCCAUCGCGAUCUGACGGCUCCCAGUACGAUAUACUGAGACCAGGGGUGAUGGUCAGCUCCGGUAUAAAUCUCAAAGGAGAGUCAAUGCGUUCGUCCUCCGGUGUCCUUGUCCAAAAUAAUCUGGGCCAGAAAUUCAUGACUGUUGCUGCGCACGGGUUCCCUGCCGAUGGAACCGUUUACCAUCCUCAUGCCGGUGGCAGGACAAUCGGCAGACUUAUUAUGGAACUCACGCAUACGGACGUUGCCUUGGUUAAGCUUGAAGAUGGGGUGGAGUUUGUAAAUGAACCAUUCGAGAACACCCUAACGCCAGCAACUUCAUUCCGACUCCGAGAUUUCAUUCGGAUUGCAGAGACUCAGCAGCAUGAUCUGGUAUACUUUGAUAGUCCCUUCUCCGGUCUUGCUGAAGGCGAGCGAAUGUCUAGAAACACCAUGCGGGUUCCAUCCGACGACCCCCAAGAGCCCCAGCAGAUAUGGUUUACGACACAAUGGAGCUACAUGGGACAAGAUUCGGCUGCUGAUAUGGUUGACGGUGUUUGUGGUUCUGCCAUUUGGAACGAUGACCAUAGAGUUCUCGGCUUUUUCUGUUACGCCCCGGUUGAAGGUUUAUACAAAGAUUAUUGCCUGAGUGUUGCUGCAGAUCAUCUGAUCGACGGAGGAUACAGUGUGGUCUAG